UGUGGACAAAUAGGCUUACAAGUGUCUCUAUGGCAACGGUGGAUCGUAAAGAGCUACAUAAGCACUUCAUCAGGGGCCAUGAUCCAACGGCUCCCAUUGGAGAUGGUGCCCCCAACCUCCCGCAACAAGUAAAGGCAGGCCAGAGAGGCUCCUGGGAGGAGGAGGGGAGAGCGAGAGGUGGCGAUAAUGCUGAGAGAGGAUGGAAGAGGAGGCGAGAGAAAAACCAUUUCUCCUCUCUCUUCUCUCUGCGUUUCAUUCAGCCAGUCUCUUCGACAUCCACCCAGCUCUUCUGCUUCCUGAGGACUUUUACUGUUCGGCUCUACGGUGAUUUUAUAUCUUGUGGAGACCAAAGAAAACUUCAGAAACAAGGAAGAGGGAACAGUGAAGGAGGACGCGGCCAUGGCCUCCUGGUUCAGCUGGAACGAGCCGUAUUACCGGACUCCCCGCCGGGACCCGGCCAACGUGGUUACCGACACCCUGAUGCUCGAGUUCAGCUGGCAGCUGAAGGAGUCUGAGAAGCAGCAGAGAGAGAGGGAGAACGAGUACCGACGCACGAAGACUGGGGUCGACUACAGCUGGCUAGCCAGCACGCCCCGGUCCACCUACAACAUCAGUACAGGCGAGAGACUUGGCCUGGAGGACCUCUGUGCCAAGGUGCCCCCAUCCUGUUGUGGGCUGGUCAUACUCAAGUUCAGGGAGGCCAUGCAGGCCAAUGAGCCCGAAGUGCAUGACGUUUCUGGUCUGUUUCGCUCUGUCCUCAUGGAGGCUCUGGAUCACCUGAAGGAGGAGCAGGAGGCGGAGCGACUUGCUCGCCAGUGGAACAACAAACGUGCCAUGAGCGUUUCCCUCAUGAACUUUAGAUCGCGGAUCAAGAUCAACCCGUUUGGAAGCACAGUGGGCCUGACCUCUGCUGCAGCUGAAGGGGCGGGUCUAAGCGACCUCAAAACCGUGUCAGAGGACGUGGAGAGAGGGAUGGACAAGGACGAGAAAAUGCAGAGAGUGUGGAGCAUGCCUGACUUUAGAUACAAAGGAACCGGCAGCAGUAAGAUUGUUUGAUGCGGGAGUUCACGGGACAGAGAUGGUGAUGAUGAUAAUGAUGAUGGUGGGACGUUUCAGUAGGACUAAUGCUUUGUAGCAGUGUCCACUUUUGCACCAGGAGAGAGGAUGAGUCCAUCUGUCCUCCUGGUUUUACAGUACAGUACCAAUCAGCAUUUGACCCUGCUUUACUCUUAUAUCUGAAGUGUCUUUUUUCUAGUUUAUCAUAUUUUAAAUAUUUUUUAGUACUUGAAAGAAUUUUCAUGAGAUUAUCACUACUUGAAGUGAUGCCUCUUUCAUUUUGCAGAGAUUUGGCAUCUAAGCACUGAGGGCUUUUUAAUGUAGCCUAAUAGGGAAAUUAAUCGAAUUUAAACUGCUGUUUAUUGGGAGGAGAAACUUGGUGCUAGGUCAGACUACACAGGCAGGGCUGGGCUAUAAAUUUUGUUCAUACAGUUUUUGUAUAGAAGGAAAAUAGUCUUAAAACAAAUGACUUAAUCCAAUGAGAAGGUGAGUCACGCGUUCCCUCCUGAACUGCACAGAAGGACCCAGGAACAUAAUUCAUCAUCCAAGGUCGGUGAACUGAAAGCUCUCUUUCUGUGCUCUUUAUUUGCAAGAGGAUGUUGGAGGGGAGGGGUUGGGGGAAGAGGAAUUAAUCAUCAAAGGCUGUCAGAUCAAAGUAAAAGCUUUGACGCACUUUAA